AUGGAAAAGAGCAAAAUUCUGAUAAUUGGUGCUACGGGAAGUCUUGGUUACCAUUUAGCAGAAUCGAGUCUCAAAUUUUGUCACCCAACAUUUGCUCUUGUUAGAGAUUCUUCUUUUUCCGACCCAAUCAAAUCCCAUAAACUUCAAUGCCUUUCCCAUGCCGGUGUUACCCUUCUCAAAGGUUCUCUCCAAGAUGAAGCUAGCCUUGUUGAAGCUGUGAAGCUAGUAGAUGUUGUAAUUUGCGCUGUUUCAGCUAAACAGACUUUGCAGCAAAAGCUUCUCAUCAGGGUUAUCAAACAACUUGGUUCAAUCAAGAGGUUCAUUCCAUCUGAAUUUGGCUCAGAUCCUACCAAGGCUAAAGUAUGCGAACUCGAAGAUGGCUAUAACUUCUAUGCACCCAAAAUUCAGAUUAGGAAACUUGUGGCAUCUGAAGGGAUUCCAUAUACUUUCAUAUCCUGCAAUUUCUUUAUGAAAGUUUUGAUUCCUUCUCUUGUUCAACCUGGCUUAAAAGCUCCUCCUAGGGAAAAAAUCACCAUAUUCGGUGAUGGCGAUACAAAAGGUGUGUUUAUGCAGGAAUGUGAUGUUGCUGACUUUACUAUCAACGCGGUUGACGAUCCCCGCACGUCGAAUAAAGUUUUGUACUUGAGACCUCCUGGAAAUGUUUGUUCUUUGAAUGAUCUGGUUAAGUUGUGGGAAACUAAAAUAGGGAAGAAGCUCGACAGGUUGCAUGUCUCCGAAGAAGAUCUGGUUGAGAAAAUCAGAGCAACAACUUUCCCUACAAACUUCGAGCUGCUUUUUAUAUAUUCUGCUUUCAUAAAGGGAGAUCACACAUACUUUGAUAUUGAGUCAUCCUCUGGUGUGAAUGGCACGGAACUAUAUCCACAGCUGAGAUAUACCACAAUCAGUGAGUUUUUAGACACACUUAUGUAG